AGAAUGAAAAUCGCUUUACGGAAGAGUGUGCAGAUAUGAACACGAGCGCAGCAUUGUCGACAGUUUUGUCGUUGCUUGUUUUACUACCGUCAUCGUCUGCACAAAUUAAUAAUUAUUUAUGGUUCAAUAAUGGACAAAUCAAUAUUGGCCAAUUUGGAGCAGGCAGUAAUCCGGCAUUUACGAUCCCAUCAUCUUUGAAUUUGAAAUCCGAGAACAUGGAACCUAUGAUUCCGGCAUCUACAAUUGUGAAUAAGCCUUCAGUGGACAAUACAAAUUGGAUUAUCAAACUGGGAAAAAACAUUAAUUGUCUUAAUGGAGACUCUAAGGAGAAUUAUCCUAAUUGGUGCUUUCUUAACAGGGAUAACCCUAACGGAUACUUUCCUAGCAAUGGAUACUCUAGUAGCAAUUACCCUGACGGGGCCAGUGCUAUUGAAAAGCCUCUUAACAUAUUCAACAUCUAUUUCAACAUAAUGUCCCCAAAUGGAGGCUAUCCUGAUGAGAAUUAUCCUAACAAGGCUAAUGAUAAUGAGAAGCAUCUUAACGGACAAAAUCUCACCAUUGCCACUCUUAACGUAGUCCCUCACAAGGAAGCCUCUUCUAACAAAGGUUAUCCUAACGGGACUAAUAAUAAUGGAGGGUACCUUAACGGACAAAAUCUCAACACUGUCUCCCUUAAUGUAGUCCCCCAGAAUGGAAGCAAUCCUAACGGAUUUAAUAAUAACAGCGAGAAUCUUAACAAACGAAAUCUCAAUAUCAUCUUUCCUAACGUGGUCUCCCAUAAUGGAAGCAAUUCUAUGGAAUGGAAUUCUAACGGAAGUUAUUCCAGCGAUGUACAUCCCAUCGAGAUCUCUCCUAAUAGAAGCAGUCCCCAUCCUGAAAUAUCGAGUUUGAAUAAUUUAAAUAACGGGAUUGGACAAAAUUUAUCAAUAGAUGCUAGCGACGUAAAUGAUGGUAUACCAGGAAUAAACAAAACGCAGCAGGAUCGUGGACAGUGCAGAGACGAUGAGUUCCGCUGUGGAAGUAACGAGUGCGUACCGUCUAAUGUCAAAUGCGAUAAUAAAGCUGAUUGUAGCGACUCCAGCGAUGAGGCAUUCUGUAUUACGGAAGGAGAUCAAGAAAAUGGUUGCGCAUUACCUGAGCAGCCGACAGGUGGACGUUAUAAAUUGGGAGAAUGCGACGAGCUAUGCCGCAAACAGCCUGGCGAUAUAGUUCCGCAACACAGUAUUCUCACUUAUACUUGUAAUGACGAUUACGCGUUGGAGAGUAGCAAUAUUACUAUUUGUGUCAACAACAUAUGGAAACAUCAGAUCUCCUGUCUCAAAAUUUGCCCGCCGUUGAACAGUACCAACGUCUACAUUUCCUGCAAUUAUCGAGGGGAAGAGGUGUCUUGUAGUGAACCUAUACUGCCUGGGACACAAGCCACGUUGACCUGUAAACCAUUUUAUAGAUUUUCUGUAACCACUCUGAGUAACUCGUGGAUGAAGUGUCUCGACAGUGGAAUAUGGGAUAUCAACAUGUUUGACUGUGUACCAGUGUGUGGCGUAAUCAUCUCGCAAACCACACUACAACCAUUGUCAAUUGGCAACGGCUUUAGGCCCGCAGUGGGCUCGUUUCCCUGGCACGUUGGUAUCUACGUAAAAGAUGGCGCCAAGACGUACAAGAAUAUUUGCGGUGGCAGUCUGAUAACUAAGAAUCUCGUCAUCUCAGCUGCACAUUGUUUCUACGAUGAGAUUGAAAAUAAACUUUACAACGCGUCGAAUUACGCUGUGGCUGCCGGUAAAUACUAUCGUUCUUGGGAUGCCCCGGAGCGGUACAGCCAGAAGUCGAUGGUGGAGUAUGUAAAAUUGCCCUCCGACUACUUUGGAACAAGUGGUAACCUUGCCGAGGAUAUAGCUUUGGUGAAACUACAAACGUCUUUCGUUUUUAACAUGUAUGUGGUACCCAUCUGUGUGGAUUGGCGAAACAAACAUGACCAUCAGCAGUUGCGAGAGGGACAAUCAGGUAUGCUGGCCGGCUGGGGUAAAGAUACUACUGGUAAGCCCACAGAGGAUUUAUUCGCAGUUAAUAUGCCGUACGUGGAGCGACAGACAUGUCGGGAUAACGUGCCUGUAGAAUUUCGCGGAUUCCUCACGUUUGAUAAGUUCUGCGCCGGCCUUAUGAAUGGUUCAAGCGCUUGCGAUGGAGACAGCGGCGGCGGCUUAUGUUUUGAGAGAUAUGGUACUUGGUAUCUUCGUGGUGUCGUCAGCGUGUCUCCCCAGGAGGAUAACCAUUGCGAUUUAUACUCUUAUGUUGCAUUUACUCGGGUAAAUGCCUAUGUUGAAUGGCUUAUUACGUCAAUCCAUGACAUAAUUUCUACGUCAAAAAGUAAACAUCUACAGGGCGUUGCUGUAGCAAACCAACAUGCUGGAGAAAUCAAACUAUAAGAAUUAUGGAACAACUUGUCUUUGAGAUAACCUCAGAGGGAAAAAUCACAUAGAUUUAAAUGAGGUGAAGAGGCAGCUUAUACCAUACCUACAUGAGCAAAUUUUGAAACUCCUGAUCCAAUCACCUUGUGCAGAUUUUAUGUAUUGAUAUCAAACAUAUCGCGAGUACGAUAUAGGGUCGUACCAUCUUGCAUAAAAUGGAAUUUCUUUACUAAUCCACGUUUUUUGCGUGGAUUAGUAAAGAAGUGGAAAAAUGAUUUAAUCUCUCACAACUCUUUAUAACUUUCACAGGUAACAAUACCUUCAAAAAAUUGCAGAUAAACUCCUUUUAUAGAAAUCGCAGCCCACGCGGAAUGAAGAGAUCCCUUUUCGGGAUGAAGAGGAGCGGCAACCGACAUACAUUUGAAUUUUCUUUUCUCCAAAACCGAUAAUUUUGCUUGUUGACGUAAUCGUUUAACCAAAAACGAGCUUUAUCCGUAAAAAUAAUUUCUUUUUUAUUGAGGUCCUCAUUUUCAAACAUACCGGUUACCAAAUUUAACUCAUUCCUCCAUUGGUUUCUUUAUCAGCAACUGAUAUAUCACGAUUUUAUAAGGAGGGAGUAUGGUAAUAUCUUUCAUGAUCUUUCAAAAAGUUUCUCGCUUCAAAUUUACAAUUUGAGCAGAUUUCUGAAUCGAGGAAUAUAGAUUUGUUUUUAAAUAUGCUUUGACAUCAUCAAUUGUUUCGUCUGUUGUAAUGGUUCGGGAUGGACAGGGUAAAUCAUGUCUGCGAUCAUUUAGAGUGCCAUAUAUAAUAAAAUUAUCAAUAAUCCUGCGAAAAGAUAUUGAGCAAUAAAUAAAAUCUCUGAUUAACGGCAUAAUGGAUAGGCAAGGUAGUUUAUGGUAGAUUAGUGUUAAAUUAGAGCGCGAUUCUAUUUGAAAAUAGCUUGCUUGAAUUUUUUUUAGAACCAUAUUUAUUACGAAAUAUACGAUGUGCCUCGCAUUUUUUCUGCUUCCACUCUAGAAACACUCGAUAAGAACAAACACUUUUUCUUCGAUGCUUAGCGCGUUCACUUGUAAACUGACUUGUACAGCGGUUCAAAUGAAACUGAUGAAUUUCAGGUAUCAGAUUCUAGUAAGUAAAAUGGCCGUCGAAGUCAUGGAGGGG